GUAUAUAUAUAUUUAUAUAUAUAUAUAUACAAACAUUGUAAUCUGAAAGUAUGUAUUACUUAUUCUAAAUAUCAUUAUCAUUAUAUUAUUAUUAAAAGUAAAAACAGUAAAAAAGAAAAUACAAGUUACAGAGAUAAACAAAAUUAAAAGGAGAAAACAAAAACACAAAAAGAGAAGGAUAUAUAUAUUAUAUGCAAUAUAUAUAUAUAUACAAGCAUACAAAAGGAUAUCUAAUAAAAACCGAACCCGAUAUUAAAAGAUAUACAAAAAAAUAAAAAAAAGGAAAACAAAAAGGAUACAAGGCAAAAUUUUUUUUUUUUUGGUAUAUAUAUAUAUAUACAUAUUUAUCUAACUCCAUGUGUACAUAGCAAGUACACAUAUAUAAAUAUAAAAUAUGUAUAUAAUAUAAAUAAAGUACAUAACAUUUAAUAUACGAAUAUAGUAAAUUAUAAUUUAAAAAUAAAAAAAAACAUAACCAAAACAAAAUAGCAUCAUAUUAUACUUACAUAUACAUAUACUUAUGUAGUCAGCUACAAGGAUUUAAAGAUUCUUAUAUUUUCAUCGUAUUACAUUCUACUACUUAUACAUAUAUAUACUUACUAUCAGAGAUAUUCGUACAUAUUUAUAUAUUUUGAUAAUAUAUAAAUAAAUAAAUAAAUAACAAUACAUAAUAACAUAUAUAUAUAGAAACAUAUAUAUAUAUAUUUUAUAAGGAAAAACGAAUGAAAUAUGCCUGGUUUGGUUGUCUUCCGACGUCGUUGGUCCGUUGGAUCCGACGAUUUAAUAGUACCAGGUGCAUUUCUUCUAACAAUACAUUUAAUAUGGCUUUUAAUAUUAUGCAUUUCAAUAAGUGUACUGGAUUAUGACAGAUCCAUUUUAAGUAUAAAAUUGCUGUGGUAUUAUAAAAUAGGUUAUUUAGUUAUAUUAAUUUUAUCAGUAGCUGUAGAAUUAGCAAUAUGUAUAACGUCAAUGAGGGGUAGUAUUUUAGAUACAGGGAAGCGAUCAACGAUGAAUUAUUGGAUUUAUCUUAAAAGUGUUGUGAUAUUAUUUGAUAUUGCAUGGUUAGUUUUAGGAAUUAUUUGGAUUAAACAAUAUUAUUUUGAAGCUCCAGUACGUGAAGCUAAAGAAAUUUUAAUAGGAUUACUUAUAACAAAUUGGAUUUUAAUAUUUACAAUAGUUGUUACAAUAUGGUGUACAUUCGAUGCGGCUGGACGUUCAUGGGUUAAAAUGAAAAAAUAUCAAAGAUCGAUGAGAGAAUCUGAAUCACGUUUUAAUUAUAAAAGAAGUAAUAGUAUGAACAGAAAUUGGAGACAAAGGAAAGUAAUUCGUGCAUAUCAAGACAGUUGGGAUCAUCGAUGUCGUUUAUUAUUUUGUUGUAUGGGAGCAUCUGAUAGGACACGUAAUUCAUUUACUGAUAUCGCUCGUUUAUUAAGCGAUUUCUUUCGUGAAUUAGAUGUUGUACCAUCUGAUGUUGUUGCUGGUUUAGUUUUAUUACGUAAAUUUCAAAAAUUAGAGCGUGAAGCUAUAGUUAGACAGCGUAAAAACGGAACAUACGAAUUUUUAAGUGGUGUUCCAAUAACAGAACGUACACAGUUCCUAGCUUUAAAUGACGCCAAAGAUUAUGAUUUUUUUCAAACUGUUAUACAUUAUAUGUACUUUGCUCAAGGAGCAUACGGCUGGCCAAUGUAUCUAAUGAUGAAUAGAUGCCGAGGUGUAUGUCAACUUUGUCCAGAAUUACGAUGUCUACCAUGUUGUUGUAGUAGUAAAGAUUCAGCUGAUAUAAUUAAAGAUAAUUGUUGUUUAUGUAAUUAUGCCGCCCUUAAAAAAACUUUAAGUAUUAGUGAUGUUGAAGUUAUUUAUGCCACAUAUCAUGUUGAUAUUGGUGAAACACCAUUUUUUGUUGCAAUUGAUUACAGUCAAAAGAAAAUUGUUAUUAGUAUACGUGGUACAUUAAGUAUGCAAGAUGUUAUUACAGAUUUAAAUGCUGAAGGUGAGGUAUUACCAUUAGAACCGGCACGUGAAGAUUGGUUAGGUCAUAAAGGAAUGGUACAAGCAGCAAUAUAUAUUAAAAAUAAAUUAGAAGAAGAAAAUCUUAUUGAUAAAGCUUUACAACAUAAUCCAGAUAAAGGUACAGAAGAAUUUGGUUUAACAUUAGUUGGACAUUCAUUAGGUGCUGGUACAGCGGCAAUAUUAGCAAUAUUAAUGAAAACCCAAUAUCCGUCAUUAUUAUGUUAUAGUUAUUCACCACCAGGUGGACUUCUAAGUAUGCCUGCCGUAGAAGCCUCAAAAUCUUUUAUUACUUCAGUAGUUGUAGGAAAAGACGUAGUGCCUAGAAUUGGUCUUCAUCAAAUGGAAGCCCUUAGAGCCGAUUUAAUUAAUGCAAUUAAACGAAGUGUGGACCCAAAGUGGAAGACAAUAACAUGUUCAGCAAUUUGCUGUGGUUGUGGACCUGAACCAACAUCAGUUGUUGAAAUGGCUAGCAAGGAUACAAGAAUUAACCAAUAUAAAGAGCAACGUGAUACAGCUCGAACGACAAGUGUUCAUCCGACUGAUAGUUCAAUAGCGUUAACCUUUCAUCAGCCUUUAUAUCCACCCGGAAGGAUUAUACAUAUUGUUCGACAUCAUCCGAAACCAGAUGAACAUAAAUACGAAAGAGGGUGGAGGAAAGUACUAAAAAAACCUGAACCAGUUUAUCAAGCUAUAUGGGCUGACACAACAGAUUUUGAUGAAGUUAUAAUAUCGCCUGUUAUGUUACAAGAUCAUAUGCCAGACAAAGUGUUAUCAGCAUUAAAGAAGGUUGUAACUACAAUUGGACCGCGUAAACCCCAACGUCAACCAUCAAAUGCAUAUGUUACUUUACCUACAGAUAUACCAGAUACAGUACAUUUUAAUCAAUUUUUAAAUCAAGGAUGUGAACCGUCAUCUUUACCACCAAUUUUAGGUAGUAAUCAAAAUAUAUCAAAUCAAUUAUCAAAUAGAGCACAAUCGCCGUUAUCUUUAACAACAAACUCUCUUUCAACGCCUACAACACAACAUAAAUUAUGUUUAGAAACUUCAUUUACAAAUUUACAAAGUCCACAGGAUUCAAAUUCUGCCCAAAGAUUUAAUAUGUCAUCAAGUCGUCCAGAAUCGAAAGCCUCAUCAAUUGGUGGUAGUGUUUUUAAUCGUAGUCAAAUAAGUACAUCAACUGUUCAACAAUUUGAUAUAAAUAGUGUUCUGGACGAUGAUACAACAGCAGCACAAAGUCCAUCAUUUCCAAGUGAAGCAACAACUAUUAUUAUGGCUGAUGGAGUUACUAUACAAAUGGAAUCUCAUAAUCCAUUACAAAACUUCCAAUAUCCAUUAAAUGGAAUAAAUAAUAACAAUAUGAGUAUAUCAACUAUUGGGAGCCGUAGUAAGGUUGUUGCAUUUGAUAUUGAAGCGACAAAUAUAACAACUGCUGCCAUUAUUUCGAAAUCACCUUCAGUUUCACCACAAGUUCAAACACGAGGUAUUUUACAUAGACAUCAAUCGGAUAAAGCUAAACCACGCAGUUCUAAGAAACCAUCUUCAUUACCUAUUCCACUACGUAGAAGUUCGCUUGGUGGUGAUAUAAAACCUAUCGAUUUAAUACAUGACGAUUGGUUUGGUUUAGCUCCUUUAGCAAGUCCUGAAACGCUUUCAGAAAUAUCAAGCAUAUCUUCGAGAACAAGUAACGCUCUUAGUUUAGCAAACAGUAUUGAACGAUAUUUGCAAAAGAUGUCAGUAAAUGAAAAUAGUGUUAACAACACGGUUGUUGAAGAAGUUUUUGAAUCUCAGCUACAUACACCCAAAGUAAUGAGACGUGCUCCAAAAUUUACAGAGAAUUUGGCUAACUGUGCUAAUGAUAGUCGUGCUCAUGAGCAAUAUAAACGAAUGGGGCAAAUUUUCUUAACUAGUCCAAGAUUUUUAAGAUCACAAGAUAGUCAAGAUUCCAGCCAGGACAGUUUUGAGUCCGCUUCUUCAAAUUUAGUUUCCAAUAGACAAGAUGAGAAAAAUACAUCAAGUAUAACGAAUAGCAAUAUAAUAGAUCCGAAAAUCGUUAAUGCAUCUGGUUCAAAAUCAGCCGAUAAUUUAGAAGAAUCGCCGCUGCAAAAAACUCUUCACGAUGAUGAAAAUCAAAACAAAAAACUUACUUUUAGUGACUCGAAUAUUUUAAGUACUGAAUGCCAAAGUUUAUGUCCAAAAUGUCCCUGCAAAUCCUUUAAUGGAAAUAUAAAAGAAUGCUGUAAAUUAACUGACCAUAGUUCCUGCUUUAAUAAAUACUCUACAAUUCUUACCACCAAUACUAGUUCUUGUGAUACAUAUUAUAGUGCUAGUGCAUCAUCAAUCGAUCCGUCAACUUUAGUUGAUUCAAAACCAAGAACACCAACAAUCGAAGUAUUUUCAACACCUCAAAGCCAUUGCUCUGCAAAUUUAAAACCACCACCUUCUCCAGAAUUACCACGUCGUAUAAUAAAUUUUAGAAUUCCUGAAGAGACUAUUAAGGUUGUCCAAGAACAAAAUGAAUCUGGAGUACUGGAAUCCCAUUUUCCAUGUUUAGAUGAAGAAUUACUUUUGCCAAAAUCAAAAAAUAAUAAUAGUAAUAGCAAUAAUUUAUCAAGUCUAGAAAAUACAAACACUAGUUUAUCAUCAUCAGAUCAAGUUUCUCUUCUCCCUACUGAAAGUCCAAAAAAGAAACGUGUCACUAUUUCUAAUAGAGAAAAUAAUAAAAAUAAUAAUAACAGUGUUCAUUUUGUAAGUCGUCAACAACCUGGAAGAGUACAAUUUAAUAACAAUCAGAAACCGUCACCAAUUAUUAAAAAACGAAAUGGUAAUAACUCUAAUAGCAAUGGUGUUGGAGGUAGCACAAACAAUGACAAAAUUUUUACCAAAAAUGAUUCAUUACCCCUUUUAUCGCAUUUAACAGAAGCUAGAAUAUCUUCUCCAGGAUUUGUGAAAAGAAAAAGUUGCAUUUAUCCAGCAAAUAGUUCAGCUAGCCCAUCAAAACAACAACAACCUAGUACAAGUGGUAAGACUGAAAGUUAUGUAUAGAAAAUUAUAUUAAACAAUUCGUAGGAUAUAUUGUGUGUAUGUUGAAAUUAUAGGAAUAACAUUUGAAGCAAAAUUACACAUUGAAUUGAAUCGAUUUUAGAUUUAUAUAGAUUUAAUUAAAAAUUAAGUUUGUUAUUGUUGUUUUUGUUUAGCGUAUUUUAAGUUUAAAGUAGAUAAAUAAAUAGAAAUAUGAUGUGUUAGAUUUAAAAAAAACUCAAUUCUAAAAAUUCGAAAAUAAUUUUAACCACAUUUUAAAAAUUCUUAUUUGAAUUACAAAUUAUAGUUGCAAGAAUUAUACAAGUCUCGCUCUACGAUAUUUCAAUAAUAUCUAUGAACAUAAAUAUGUUAAAUAAUUGUGCUGUUGUAUAAUUAUCGGCAAGAAAUUCUUUCAAAUUCAAAUUUACUCAAAUAAAAAAUUUCUGUCUUGAAAGGAAACGUUCCCAGGAAUCAAAAGAUUUCUCAGGUAUAGAGAAGUAAUUACGUGUUGCUUUCCUAAGGCCCAAUCAAUAAAAACAAAGACAUGUACGCACAACAAAAUAUACCCAAUGAGACAAAUACAUCAAAUCCAAGAAAUAUAAAUGGAAAACUUGUCCAUAAAGGUGGAAUAUGCAUGUUUAAUUGUAUUUAUUGAAUCUUUUUUAGAAAUUACCAGUAACGGUCACCGCAUUAUGAAUUAUUCAAUGCAAUCUGUCCUCACUAUGGUAAAAAACACUAAUUGGAAAAAAAUUUAAAAGCCUUAAAUAAAAAUAAAAAAAAUUAAUAAAUUAAUUAAAUAUUUCAAAAAACAUUUAAAAACAAAAACCUUGCAUUUCACAAUAAAGUAAUUAGAAAUCGAGUUCAGCAGUCCGUUUCAAGUAACAACCCUUGUACUUUCCAUUAAAAAAAGUAUGUAAUGCCUACAGUCCUACUAUUCUACUGUAAAACUAACUAUCUUUUCUAUUUGUAAGGUGCUAAUCUUGUAUUUAAAUAAAAUUUACUCUGAUGCAGAACCAUGGUGCGACUCCGUCUAGUACAAGCGUAGAAUGAUCGCUAUAUAGAACUUUACAAUGAUAUAGUAAUAUAGAAAUUACAUUUUGUUAAAAUUAAGUUUAUCUUUUUCAACCUCCGUAAUAAGUUUUAACAAAUGUUACUUGAGAUACCUCCGAAUCCGAAUUAGAUUUAACAAUGGAAUUUAAAAUUUAUUUAAAAUUUUUUGAUUUAAAUUUCCUUUAUAAAUAAAUAAUAUGUAUUUGCUUUUUCUAGUUAGAAAAUUAAAUGAAAAACGUGUCGUCAAAAAGGAAAAAUAAAAAUAUGUUGUGCCAAAUUAAAUAAACUAUAUUAUACAAAUAAAAAUUAAAUAAAAAUCGUCAAUAAAUUACUAGAAGUCAAUUCCAAAAUAAAAGAAAAAAAUUAAAGAAAUUUUUUUAUAAAAAUUUAAAAUAAGUAGCUAG